CACACUGUAAAGUUAUCAAUGAAGUACAACUUCGUGGACAGGACAGUAGGCCAUCUAAUUGACUAUUUUAUAUUUAAUCAUCACUGUUUUUAGAAAGGUUUACUCAUGAGUAGAUGAAUAUGGACUUGAAGUGAACUGCUUCAUUACUACUCAACAAAGUCACUGGAUGAAGAACUGGAGUGUGUACUGAGAGCUUGAAGAAUGCAGUCUGUGCAUGGUUUUAGGUGCAGAGAGCAGGGUGAGGGCUCUUUGCAGCAGCUUAUACCAAGAAUGAUACGGGUAACAGGUGAAGAAGAACCAGGCUCCAGUGCUGGGUGUCUCCAGGGGCCACUCAGAGCUUCAAAACCCCCACGUGAGCUUAGUGUGGAGGAGCAACAGGAGCUACGGAGAAAGAUCAACAGCCGUGAGAGGAAGAGAAUGCAGGACCUCAAUGUGGCCAUGGAUGCUUUACGGGAGGUGAUGGUGCCCUAUUCUUCUUCUCCCACCAGUUUCGGAGGAGCACCUCAGCACCCUUACCUCCCUCCUGGAGCCCCACCAACUGGACGUCGCCUGUCUAAGAUCUCCACGCUGGUGCUGGCCCGUAACUACAUCCUGCUCCUUGGCUCCUCCUUGCAGGAGAUGAGGCGUCUGCUGGGCGAGGUCAGCAUCGGGAUGGGCGUCAGCGGGAGCGUACCACGGCUGCUGCUGACUGGGGGGUGGCCGUUUCUUACCGGACCGGGACAGCUUCUGCUCUCUCCACCUGAGCAGCAGCUGGGUCCAGCAAAGUGCCCUCUCCUGCCUCAGAACACCUCUACAGCCCAGGAAGAGCCCACGGUGUGGGGGUCAGGAAGCAUGUUGGAGAGCCCAGUGUGCCAGUGUGGGGUGUGUAGGACCCCACGGGUGUUGCAUGUAAAUCCUGCCACACGUUUUACAAAGUGAAUCUGGCAGACUUGGAGAAAGGCCUCAGAAGGCAGAAAAAGAACAUAAUCUUCAGCUCCAAAAUGCACUUUUUAAAAAAUCUCUAUCUGUGGAAGGUGAGGUAUCUGGUUGUUUAGUUUUCCAACUGCAAAAUGUUCCCAUACAAUAUUUUGAUGUAAUUACUGUACAGAGAAUGGCAGAUUGUCUAGCUAAUUUCCCAUGGUGUUGAACAUUUUCUGCAUUGUAUAUCGCUCAGCAAGAUGAGAGAUUUAUAUCCUGCUUUUAGACAUUGUGGUUAAAAUCAAAAAUUUUCUCCCAUCCUGUGUUUUUUUUUUUUCUCAUAAAGGUAUAGUUCUCCCAAAAAUGUACUUUGUGUCAUCACUUACCCUCAUGCUGCUCCAAAGAAUAUGGCUUUCUCUUUUUCCUGGAGCACAAAAGAAAAUGUUUAGCACAAUGUAAGCCUCAGUAACCAUUCACUUUCAUUGGAUGGAAAAAGAUGCAAUGAAAGUGCAUGGUAACUAAAACUCAUUUUACAUAACAUCUUUUGUAUUCCACAGAAGAAAGAAAGUCAUAUGUGUUUGUAACAACAUAAGGGUGAUUGAAUGAUGACAGAAUUUUCAUUUUUGGGUGAACUAUUCCUUUA